AUGUUUGCGUUCAAGAGCAUGAGCUACACGAGCUUGAAGGACCUCCUGCCGGAGUCGUCGGCGGGCGGCGGAAGAAGCCGGAAAGAGAUCGCGAUCAGGGACCCGCUGCUGCAGCACGCGGCCUGGGCGUACCUGCAGCCGGGGGCGCGCGAGGAGGACGGGCGGCGGUGGUGGAGGAGGCUGGCGGGGAGGUGUGGCGUCGUUCUGGGGUGUCUAAACGGCGUGGUUUCGGUGGUGUGCAAAGGUCUGUUUGGAGAGCGAGCUGAUAAGGGCAAUGAGGAUAACAUGACAAUUGACUGA